AUGACUCUUAGUGAAGGUAUAAAGAUCUCUCAAGAACAUCUUGAUCACCUCAACUCUACCCUUAAGGACCUUACAGCAGAAGAAAUCUUGAAAUGGGCUUAUAUAACGUUUCCACACUUGUACCAAACUACUGCCUUUGGAUUGACUGGGCUAGUCACUAUUGAUAUGAUCUCAAAAUUGAAAAUAAAUAGCCAAGAAGAUGGUGGUGAAGAAAUUCUGCACCCUAUUGAUCUUAUUUUCCUUGACACAUUGUAUCAUUUCCCUCAAACCUAUGAAUUGGUGGAUGCUGUGAGGGCCAAGUAUAACCCAAAAUUGCACGUAUACAAGCCAGCUGACGCUAAGGACGAUAUUGAAUUCGCCAAGAGAUACGGUGAUCAGCUUUGGGAAACAAAUGAUUCAUACUAUGACUAUUUAGUGAAAGUAGAACCCUCCCAAAGGGCUUACAAAGAGUUGGGAGUCAAGGCGGUAUUGACUGGCCGUCGUAGAUCGCAAGGUGGUGCUCGUGGCUCGUUACCAGUGUUGGAAAUUGAAGAAACUAGCGGAACCAUUAAAAUCAACCCUUUGUGCAACUGGGACUUUAAGAUGGUGAAGAGCUACAUAGAUGCCAACAACGUGCCGUACAACAGUUUGUUGGACUUGGGGUACAAGUCUAUUGGUGACUGGCACUCUACUGUUCCUGUAGCCGAAGGUGAAGACGAAAGAAGUGGAAGAUGGAAGGGCCAAGCAAAGACUGAGUGUGGUAUUCACGAGACCAGUAAGUUUGCCCAAUAUCUCAAAUCUCAGAGCACCUAG